CUGUUUCCGGGGGGAGAGUGUUUGCGAACGCACCGUCAAGCAGGACCUCUGCUUGUGCUUUUCACUUCCUGGAUUGGAGAGUGUCAUUAAGCCGGUGAGUGUUUUAGUGUCCUACUAACGGGACUCCCGACGGGUUUCACCCUCCAUGCCCGUAAGCUAGCAUGGUCCCCGGUAUUACCGGGUGUCCGGUGCCAGGGGGCUCCCUCAGACCUCAGCAGUAAUGUCAGCCAGCAUGGGAAGGUCAUAUCAUGCAGACAGUGCUGCCUGGUCCUGUGUGACCGCCAUGGAUCUCCAGGGCUCCUCUCUGGGCACUCAGAAAGCACUCCUUAAUCAGCACUCCGAAUGGAAUGUUCAUAAUCCAUAAUAUUCAUCAUUGGGCAUGGAGUGGGCAGGCUUUGAGUACUGGAGUUACAUUGUAACAAAAUGAAUUAAAAGUGAAAGUAAUGGAGGGGGGGGGGAGUGAUGAUAUCAUGCAUUGGCCUGGUAAUGUGGAGGAUUUGAAGAUGCAUUUUUCAGGUUUUCAUUGGUUUUAAAGAGGUUCUGAAGUAGUUUUUCCUAGUCAUCCAUAAUAAAAGGUGGGAUAAGAUGUGAGUUUACCAGGAUUCUGGAUGGUUAGUCAUAUUGUAUUAUAGUUUAGCGAUACAGGUUUCCCUCUCUAAACCAGGAAUUAUGGAUAAUUUACUAUAGGAUUACAGAUUCUUGGGCAAAAUAAGCUGUAUUUAGAAAGGUUCAGUAAAGGCUGUUAGCUUGAGACUGCAUCAUGCGGAGCCUGGCCCCAGUACUUACCCUGAAGAAGAAAUAAUUAAAAAAGCACCCACUGAAUCUAAGGAAUUGUGAGUGGGUGACCUUUCUACAUGUAAUAGGCAGCUGGCUGCCUUGGCAGUUAAUAGCGUACAGAAUACAGGAGCUUGACUAAAUACUGUCUUCAGGCUAUUGGUAAAGUGGCACUGUCACUUCCGAGUUUUUAAGCAUAGAUACUGUAGAGUCUCUGGGGAAUCUUUCAUGGACCCCCAUAUUUUACUUGUUUGCUCAUGUGUGAGUCAACCGAGAUGACACAGCUUUUAGUUGUAGUUGGAUAAAGUGAAAUGGCAGCGAGUUGAAAGAAAUUCAUCAGAUAAGUAUGUCUGUCUUCUCUUUGUCACUGAAAUGCUAGCAUGCAAGUAGUCACAUAAUCCAUAUUCAGAUCUCAAAAAGCAGGCACCAGACAAGUGGCAGAUCUGUUUUAACAUCUGCAGCUACUUGUGAAAUUGUGUACACUGCCGACAUUUUGCUGUGUGCCAUUUCCAGCAUUGACAAUCACCAAAGGCUGAAGGGUUCAUUCGGUAACUAGAGAAAAUAGAACUGUAAGUUUUAGGCCCAAAAGCUAAAUUGUAAGAAAUUCAACAACCCAGCUAUUUUUCCAGCUUGUCUGCUUUGCCCUAAAAUUGUCUAUAUAUCUACUGCACGACCACAUAAAAGUUGUUAUACUUUCCGUAAAGUUUUAAAGAAAAUAGAUAUGUUUAGGGCUAUAUAAAUAAAAUAUACAUGGUCCUCUCUAUGAUGCACAGUGUAUAUCGGGUCUUAACAAAUCCAAGGCCAUCCAUGUGACCAGCACUUAGUUUGUGGCUUCAUCUGAUGAAGCCCAUCUUGAGGGAUAUCUCUUGCAUGCUCCUAGAAAAGCACAGAGCUCUGAGCCAUAUCACACCAGGGCUUGGAGUGUGGUGAUUGAGGUUGUGACUUCUUUCCUGCUAUGUUCCAUUAGGGGAGAUAUACAAAAUUUCUCACAGUUUUUCUCCUGUUAAUAAUGAUGUUAACUGUUGAUCGCAAGACACCAGUUAAUUAGGGAAGCUGCCUUUGAUAUGAUCCCUUACUUCUAGCAGCCAUUACCGUGCGCUAGAGCAGUCAUAGCUUCUCACAGUUCAUUGCAAUUUGAAGUGGUUCUUGUGGAGAAUGCAAGGAAAUUAUUUUCAUAUUCCCUCCUCUUCCAUUCACAUAUCGCUUGAGCAGGACCAGCAUCAUGUGCUGAUCUAAGCAUUUGUCGCUGCUGGGCUGAUACAGCACAUCACAGGGUAAAUGUGGGUAAAAUAAAUAGGAUAAUAGGUGCUAUGAGUUCAGGAGAGAUAGGAGGGUCAUUGACUAGUUUUAAAUUAAAUAUGUUUGUGAGCUACAGGAUUAUUCACUAAAGUGUAAAUUGUCUGAAAUUCUAAAUUAUUUUUAGUAUUAAGAUCAGUUUAGCCAAAUUAAAAAUAAACUUGACUUAGUUUUUCCAUUUCAGUUACUGUGGUAUAAAAUGUGAAAUUUACUUUUGAAUUAGUGAGUAUGCCCUGAUUAUGUGUUUGUUCACCAAUUGACCCUUUAAGUGAAUGAGACUAGUAUACAUUUUUCACUCAAAGGGUUAGAAGACUAACCAGGCAGCAUGUGGAAACACCCUAGACAUUUAGACUUUGUAUUCACUUUAAGCAAUCUUAAUGUUUAUUUACAUUAGUGUUGUUUCUUGUAUACAUCACAAAAAUGUUCAAGUCUUGUAAUUGGUACUCAUGCAGAAAAUGUUUCAGAACCACACAUGACUAAGGACUGUGUAUUAUGAGGGCAUUGUCCUUUUACUACUUUGUUAAUCUUUAAAUAUCUGCGUUCUGGAGGUGAGGAAUAUGUCUGAAAAUUUUAUAAAGAGCUUAUUUCAAGUUAGGUGGUAAAUAUAACUUAUGAAACACAAACAGUCAGAUGUCCAUAAGAAAAGUGCCUCGGAUCAUCUUCAUUCAAAUGACGUAAAAAUCUUUCUUCAUUUAAAAAAUGGAUCUGGAAGAAAAACUGUUUUUCUGGAUGAUGACAUUUUGCAUAAAAAAAAUAUAAUUUAUUUGAAUGAAGCUGAUUGAGUUGCUUCCUUGCAGCGAUCUAGCUAUCUGUGUUUUGUUAGUCUGUGAAGCAAUAGGACCUGCCAUUGCCUUUCAUUUGAAAAUGCUGCAAGGAAUCGGUAAGCAUGCCACACUUUACUGUGCAGUUGAACUUCAAGUUGUUACCUCCGGUCGUUCUUCCUUUUGGUAACUUCUAGUACCAGUAUACAAACAACAUUGUAUAUGCAUUGUGGGCACCAAUACAACUUUGAUGUAUUUAAUAGUUUUUGACCUCGGUAAUAUACUGUAUAUUUUUGCUAGCUCCAAUUUAAAUAGUUUAUACGAAAAUAAAUGUUGCAGAAUUCUGCAUCUUAGGCCUUCCUCCUUUGCCACACCUUUUCUUCUUAUCAGUUCUUUUGCCAGUGUAUGUACAGCUGUCUGUCACUCACAGCACUGGGCCCUGUAUCUGGAAAUCAAGCUACCACUGUUAUAAGAAGAGAACCUCCUAGGAAAUGCAUAGUAAGUAUAUCACUAGAUGUCUGUUAUCUCUGUCUUUCUCCCUCACCCCGUCCUCUGAUUACAGAGCUCCCAAGCUCCCACCAUGUGUGGACACAAGAGCAUUGUAAUUAGAGCAAGAUGCAGGGGAAACGAGGGCACUUAAAUAGAGCAGGUGAGUGGGGGACAUAAAGACAGAGAAGCAACAGGCAUGUUGUGAUAUAUGUGCUAUGUAUCUUCCUGGGUGUUCUCACCAGAUUUGUUUUUUAAAAAUCCUAACUUUUUAAUUGAAAAAUAUUGGUAAGAAAGAUUUAUUUUUCCCAUAACAAUAACAGUAUAAAUAAUCUUCGAUUAUUAAUGUCACCACUUCUUACCUUUAACCAGAGAAAAAAUACCUGAACAUAUGUAUUAAAAUAAUAAGAAAAAAAGUGCAAUUCUGGUGCAAAAUGUUAAUGUGGUGUAAUCAGAAGAAACCUUUUAUUUGCUAUGUUUGCUUCAUGUUAAACACUAAACGUUUCCACAGUUUUUUUUUCUUUCUUAUUGGGAAAUGUAUUAUGUGCAUAAUGUAUAUUAUAUGGUGUAUAUAAAUAAUCCACCUCUUUCCUGGAGGGUCGCUUUAAUGUAACAGUCAUACUUUAGUCUUUUCAUUUUGAGAAGAUUUGAUCAUUUACUCUGUUAAAGCUUUGUUUACAGUUGUCGUUACAGUUACAAUCAAAAGCCACAAUGUGUUUUGCAUUGUUACUAGUUAUUUACUAUUAUAAUGACAAUAUACCUUUUUAUUCCCUAAUAUCUUCUCUAGAAAUGGUUCACACAGAGGCCUUUUCUCGUCCUCUCAGUCGGAAUGAAGUUGUUGGACUAAUUUUCCGACUGACAAUAUUUGGAGCGGUUACUUAUUUUACAAUUAAAUGGAUGGUAGAUGCCAUAGAUCCUACUAGAAAACAAAAGAUUGAAGCCCAGAAGCAGGUACAGGAUGCAUUUGUAUACUUCAUAAUCUUGUGUAGUACAAUACAGUUUAAUGUAAAAUUGUUGCUCUGUUUAUGGGAAAUGGAUAAGAAAGAUAAUGAACUAAAAAUGGAUUUGUGUUUUCAAUAUUAACAGUUGAGUUUUGGUAAGUGUUUAUUAUUCUAAAUUUACAAAGAUCAGUAUCAAUCUUGCUUGUACAGCUGAACUCAUGUAAGGGGAUAUUUGUGAUAAUCCCUAUUUGGUGAUACAUCAGGUCAAACUAACUCUUCUUUCAAUAUCAGUCUUCCAGGCUAAAUUUCAAUGAGCCUCCAAUAUUAACCAGCAAGUUAUUUUGCCUUCAUUUUGCACUCGUGCGUGUCUAUUUGGUGAAUAUGAGUUCAAAAAGAAAAUCUUUGCUCUGUUCUUUGGCACCAGAAAAAACAUGAGAGCCUCAAAACCAUUAAAAGCAAGAUAGAUUAGGCCAACUAUAAACUAUGAACGUGCUGUAAGGAACUCCCUGCUUUAUGUAAAGGGACACUAUAUAGUCACCAUAACAACUUUAGCUUAAUAAAGCAGUUUGGGCAUGUAUUUAAUAUCCCUGCAGUCUCACUGCUCAAUUCUCUGCCAUUUAAGAGUCAAAUCACUUUGUUUAUGGAGCCCUGGGCACACCUCCCUGCAUGUGACUUACAGAACCUUCCUAAAUACUUCCUGUAAAAAAUAAUCUAAUGUUUGCACUUCCUUUAUUGCAAAUUCUGUUUCAUUUAGAAUUUUGUAACUCCUGCUAAUAGCUUGCUAGACCCUGGAGGGGCCCUCUGUAUGUGAUUAAAGUUCAAUUUACAGAGAAGGAGAUACAAACUUUUAAAGUAAGGAACAUAUGAUUGAACAUGAAACCAUUUUGUUUUCAUGCAGAGUGUGUCAGUCACAGCCAGGGGUGUGUGGCUAGGGCUGCAUAAACAGAAACAAAAGUGAUUUAACUCCUAAAUGGCAGAGAAUUGAGCAGUGAAACUUCAAAACCAUGAUCUAUACAUAAAAAAUGCUUUAUUAGACUAGAGUUGUUUUGGUGACUAUAGUGUCACUUUAAUGCACAUUCUGCUUCAGUUUUCACAACAUUGCAGGCAGAAAGAGUAUGGCUUGUUGAUACAUAGGCAUUGAAGGACUGCAGGGUUGUUGUUGGGUCAGCGGUUGCAAUUUUGUGUUAUAUAGCUUACUGCCGGCCUGUCCUUCAGAAGGAUUAUAAACUUCACCUAUUGUGAGGCUGUUGCAAAGAAUAAUUGUAAAGACAUUUACAGUAAGCAACUGUGUUAUUGCUAGCUACUAGCUAACUAUUAAAAUUUUCUCACAUUCUUUUGCACUUACAAAUAUCUACUUGGAUAUGGCUGAAAACUCUGUUCUGUUUGUUCUGCAGGCUGAGAAGCUAAUGAGACAGAUUGGUGUAAAGAAUGUGAAGCUCACAGAGUAUGAAAUGAGUAUUGCAGCCCAUCUUGUGGAUCCACUCAGCAUGCUGGUAAGUCCGAACUACUAUAAGCACUUAUACCUGGUCAUCUUUUACAGAAGAACUGUCAUUUUCAUAAUUUUUUGUGUGUAUGAAUAAUAAUAAUCUCCAUCACUGUGUAUGGUUUUGUAAAGUAGCAAGCCUAAGACAGAUGCUGCUUCACUACCUGGCUAGAUUUGGGGAAAUGCGCUUAAUGUCCCCAUGGUUCCUCUUAUGUAAACUUUCCAGGUUACUUGCUCAGCCAGCAGUAUGAUAUUCACACACAUUUUUCAGAAUCAGUUUUUUGUUUUGUUUUUUCUUCUAUUUACUGGAAAUGGUGGCAGGCUAUUUUAAUGUUAAUGGGACUGGAUUGCUGCACAGCACAACUUGCAAAUCAAUAGGGCAUCACUAGUAAUUUGCUGUAAUUGGCACUCAAUAAUAAACCCUCCCAUUUUGGGUUUUGAAAAUUUAGGUCCAAUAGCAUUUAGAAAUUAGUUGCAUAGUUACACAAGCUGAAAAUAGACAUGCAUCUAUCAAGUUUAGCCUUUCUCAUAUCUGUUUUGAGCCAAAAGAAGGGAAAACUAUGUUUGAAGUGCUUUCCAAUUUUGCAACAAACUAGGAAAAGGUUCCUUGUAAAUCCCAGAAUGGCAGUCAGAUCUCUGCUGCGAUCAAAAGUAGGGAUCGACCGAUUAUCGGUCUGGCCGAUAUUAUAGUCCAAUAUUUGGUAUUUUCGGCAAUAUCGGUAUCUGCCUAUAGAGAUACAGAUAUUGCCGAUAAUGCAGACCAGGACCGCCGGGCCCAUUACAAGCCUGGCGGCCCUGGAGGGCCCGCAGCAAGCUCUUACUUACCUCCCUUCAGCUCCCCUUGAUCUCUCAUUGGCUUAGCCUUACUUUGUUCCUUCCAUUGACAAAGCCAUUAGGGGAAAAGGGGAAAGUCUGGAUGAUAGUAGAGUUAUACUGCAGAAAGCAGCAAUUGUUUAUAGAUCGAUAAUGUGUCUGAGUAUAAAUAAUAUUUUUAAAUAUGUAUUUAUUUUUUUUAAACCAAACUAAAUAGACUGGAACAGGGUGAAAAACAGUAUCAUAGUUUCUUGGCAUAUUGGUGUUAGACAGGUCUCUGAUAAUCAUCUUGUCAUGAGUGUGCUGCUCCAAUGAUCUCCUCGACUGGCUGGAUUCAUGAACGUCAUGUCUGUAGGCUCUGGGUAUAAAAUGUUUUUUUUUUAUGUCAUGUGAAAAAGGAAUUGCACCUAGAGAUCUAAAACCUAUCAAAUCCACUCAAGUUGUGUCUAUGCAUGGAGUGUUUCAUUAAUCUACUCUUACACACAACUAGCCACUCACUCAUGCACUAUACACAUGUAAAUAGCCCCUCUUGCAUUCCUACAGGCACACAGUUAGCCAAUAACCCAGUAAGCUUGCAUGCAUACAUACACAAAUUCUCAUACAUAUAACUAAAAUUCUCCAGCCCCUUCUCUUACUGCUCACCACUCUGGUGAGGAGGGGGAAGAGAUCGGGAGAUGCAUCAGUUAUUAGUAGUGGUGUGAGUAAAAUACAGAGAUUGGUGUGUCUCUCUCUCUCUUUCUUUCUCUCUCUCUUUCUUUCUCUCUCUCUUUCUUUCUCUCUCUCUUUCUUUCUCUCUCUCUUUCUUUCUCUCUCUCUUUCUUUCUCUCUCUCUUUCUUUCUCUCUUUCUCUCUCUCUCUUUCUUUCUUUCUCUCUCUCCUCUCUCUCUCUCUCUCUCUCUCUCUCUCUCUCUCUCUCUCUCUCUUUCGACAUCUUAGGAUGGUAUCCCUUUCUUUUUGCAAUAAGUGAGACUACAUAUUGUUCGAGAGCUGUGAGUCAAGGUAUUUCCUGGUAGUAAGUCAAAUUUUCCUGGACCGAUUUUUGUGUUGCUGUGGUGGCCUUGUGCCAUGGAUGUAGUGAGCCUUGUUGCAUCCUGCAAACUAGAACCUAAAUGCAUCUGGUUUUGUACUUUCAGUUCAAAGAUUUUGUGAAUAAUUUCCUCCUUUAACUCUGCACAAGUACAGAUUUGCGUACUGCUAAUGUAGAUUUAAAACCAAACAUGUAAGUUCUUGCUCCAUCACAUUCAAAAGAACUGAAUGAGCGACACUACACAUGAGAUGUUCCUACUCCUAGAUGUUGUUCCACAGAGUCUUCUGAAAAGAAUAUGGCAAGAAACUAUCAUGCUGAGUUCAUUGGAGAUAGCUUGUAUAACUGCUGCUCAUUAAAUGGUGAUGGUGGCUUGACUGCAAUAAAGUUUUUAAAUUCUUUUAAUUCUGCAGAUUUUUUCCUACCAUUGUGCAUCCCAAUUGUUUGUUGAAAGGGCAUAGUCCUGACUACUUUCUAGUUGCACAAAUCCAUAAACCUUGUUAGACAGGUCUCUGAUAAUCAUCUUGUCCUGAGUGUGCUGCUCCAAUGAUCUCCCCGACUGGCUGGAUUCAUGAACGUCAUGUCUGUAGCCUCUGGUUAUAAAAUGUUUGUCAUGUGAAAAAGGAAUUGUACCUAGAAAUCUAAAAGUAUGUAUUUGUUUAGAAUAUGUAACUUUUCAAGUCAUCUUUGCAUUUUUGUACUUUGUAGAUUCCAUUUUCAUAAAAUUUGCAUCUGUCAUCCAUCAAUUAUGUGUAUGACCUAGUUGUGGGUUGCUAUCAACUCAUUUACAUACUGAAUAAAAUAUAGCACAUUCUGUGAUGACAAAUAUUUUAGAUAUAUAUAUAUAUAUAUAUAUAUAUAUAUCUCUCAACCUUAUAAUUAGCAACGAAUACCCCUCCCUGACCAAAAAAUAAAUAAAUGUAUACUUUUUUUUUUUUUUUUCAUUUUUUGGGGGGUUAGGGAGGUGAUAUAAGUUACUAAUUCUGAGGUUAUUGUCACAAGUUACCACAUUCUGGUUUACAAGGUGUGGCCACCCUUUUGGUUUCAAGAUGGGACAAUGAUAACUACAAUUAUCUGUAAACUUCUCCAACCAACAGACAGAUUUCCAGAUUUUAGUGUAAACAAAUCCACUUUAUCAAAUUUCAUUGUUUAAGAUUGUGUACUGUUAAAAAUCAUACAGAGUUAACCACUCUGUGAAUCUUCAGGAAUUUACCAAGACAAAUAGUCAAAUUGGAACAACUCUCAGAUUUAACUCUACUAUUUUGGGCUAAAUUGAUCAGUUCCUGGGGGAAUUCCAUUAAGUUUAUAGUUUAGUGACUAAUUCUGCCUGGUGUUUAGGGCUAUUUACUAAACUGUGAGUUGUGUGGGAAUCGACAAUUCAGUGGCUAAUUGACGACAAUUCCCAGUGAGUCUUGUUGCAGCUAUGCAGCCUUCAAAACCGAUAACCAGAAAGACGGUCACAUUGUUCCUAGCAUUUCACACCAUUAUUCUAUUGAUAGUUCACCUACCUAGAACCUGUCAUCGAUAUGUAGGCGCUUUGUUGAUAUUUCAUUAUGAAGAUUUGUUCCAUUCCUUCUGUAUUAACUAUGUUUUUGAUAUUUGCAGGUAACGUGGGAUGAUAUUGCAGGCCUGGAUGAUGUCAUCACAGACCUUAAAGAUACAGUAAUUCUCCCAGUCAGGAAGAAGCAUUUAUUUGAAAAUUCCAGACUGCUCCAGCCUCCUAAAGGUAGUAUCUAUUGCUAUUCCAUUUAACUGCUGCAUUUGAAGCAGUUUCUCAUUUCUUCUGUUUUCAAAGUCCAUAAUGCAGGGGCAUUAACAACAAUAGUGUUCCUUAUUAUGGAUAAGCAUAGAGCUGUUUGUGAGACCACAUAUGGAUGACUAUAGUUAUGUGUUCUUCAAUAAAGGUUCAUUUCAAUGCUCCUUAAAUUCACUGUAUUCUGUCUGCUUCUAAAAUUGAAGACUUUUUAUUGGAGUAGACACUCUUAUAGAGAGACUCCAGACAAAAUGCAUCUGGCCGCAUAUCACAAGAAAAUAAUCUUUCUCCACCAGCACCAGCUAACUUUCCCCUCCUUUUAAAAGAAAGAGAGACACAAGCAGUCAGAAGAAUGACUUGGAGAAUCUUUAUAAUUUGGCUAUUUUCAUGCUAAGUUGCAAAUUCACCUUGAUAUAGUGUAUUUUAAUUUCCUGUAUGAAACAAGCAAUAUAAAAGUGUAGACAAAGGUUUGAAUACUUGCCAAUUAACAUUGUUUAAACCAGGGCUGUAGAAUUGAUACACAAAACCUUCGACUCCAACUCCUCAAUUUAUUAUACCUCUUUGUUAUUCUACUAAGUAAAUUUAAAAAAUUAACAGGUUUCCUUUUAACCUUAGUUUAAAUAAAACAUAUAUUAUGCCAUCUGUUUAAUCUCUUGAUUGUGUUUCAGAUCAGAUUAUCUUGUGUUAGAGUCUCUCUCCAUUCCUUUAUUAGGCAGUGCUUUUUAUUUAGUUGUUAUAUGAAUCCAAUUUAAGGACCUUUUAUUGAUUGAUCAAAUAAAACGCUAACCGUGCACUGUCUGUAUUACAGGAGUGCUUCUUUAUGGACCUCCAGGGUGUGGUAAAACUUUGAUUGCCAAAGCAACCGCCAAAGAAGCAGGAUGCCGCUUCAUUAACCUUCAGCCAUCCACGCUUACGGACAAGUGGUAUGGGGAAUCCCAGAAACUGGCAGCUGCUGUUUUCUCCUUGGCUGUAAAGCUACAACCAUCAAUUAUUUUCAUUGAUGAAAUAGGUAAUGGUGUCUCUGGAAUACGGUAGUCAUGGGGAAGCAAGACCUUUUGAUUGUGAGUUUGGUUAGUUAUGUGUGAGAGUAUAGCCAACUUUGUCGGUUCUGCAAAAAUUUGUAAAAGUCUCUGAUAGAGAGAUCAUAGCAAAUGUACAGACUGUUAGACUCAAUAAUUUAUUGUUCACUUUAUCCAAGAUGAUGAUAGUUAAUGAGAGGAUCUGCGCCUAUAUGCCCAAAUACACAGCCAUGUGGGUUACUCCGACCACCAUGACCACUUCAGUGAUUUGAAAUGGGCAUGGUGGUAGGAGUCUAGAUAAAAUACCUCUGUCGUCAGCGAGCACUGCACACUGCUGUCAGACGUAAUAAUCUUCCCUCUCCCUCCCAACCUCCUUAACUGUAGCCAUCCCAUCUCCCUAUCCUAUUCGAUAUGUUUCUCUUGUCCUCCCUCCUUUUCCCCCCUUCCCUCCCUCCUUUUCCCCCCUUCCUUCCCUCCCUCCUUUUCCCACCUCCCCUCCUCCCCUCCUUUUCCCCCCUCCCCUCCUCCCUCUUUUCACUCCUUUCCCCUCCUUCCCUCCUUUUCACUCCUUUCCCUCCUUUCCCCUCCUUUUUACUCCCUUUCCCCCUUCCCUCCCUCCUUUUCCCCUCUUCUUUCUUCCUAUCUCCCUCCUCUUCCCUGCUAAGAGUGUGGUCUGAGCUGGUUAAAUGGUCAAAUCUCUGUGAAAGCCUUUGAUUAGAUUUUGGCACAGCUCCUGUGAUGUCAGGGUGGGCGCACCGAGCAGCGCUGGGAGCGCUGAAGGAAGGUAAGUAAAAACAUUCAUUUAGAAUGCUUUUCAAGCAUGCAGUGGGGGGGACCCUGAUAAGUAAUGCCAGUAGGGCAUUAUUCAUAGAUUGAAAAGAAAUAAAAAAAGGGGGGUGUGGGGUGGAGAAACCCUUUAAGGAGGAGGAUGUUUCAAGAAGCGUUAUAAAAGAACACUGUCUGUACAUCCAUUCGUUUUUACUUCUAAGCUUGAUGACAUACAACUUGAAAAGCAAGCUAAAUGUUAAAUUAAUUUGAUUUAUGCAUUUACUUUUAGUUUGUCAUAAUGUAUGUCCUAUAAAUUGGUGCAGUGUCAUCCUAUCUACAAUAUUUUGACAUUUUUAUAGCACUGGUUGAUCUGAAUUUUUAUUUCGAAAGGCAUUUGUUCCACAUUUUUUUAAAUCUCAAUAUAGAUUCUUUUCUUCGAAGUCGCUCAAGCAGUGACCAUGAAGCCACAGCGAUGAUGAAGGCUCAGUUCAUGAGUCUUUGGGAUGGACUGGACACAGACCACAAUUGUCAGGUAAAGCAUUAGUUAAGAUUAUUUUGAUAUGGAACUUGCAACAAAGUCCAAGGCAUGCCUGCAGUUUGACAUAAGAUAGGUAGAGAUCCCUCAAGGUUGCCUAAAAUAACAUUUGCAAGUUAACCCAUUAAAAACAAUUUACCCAUUUUUUAUUAGCCUACAAAUUGUGCAAAAAUAUAUAAUGGCUUUUCUUAUAUUUUAAUUGGCUCUAUUUUUAGAGAGAAGGAAGGGCUAUAACAACUUAACAAUGUAUAUUUAAUGCAUAGGUUAUGGUGCAAGUAAUUUCCCUGUUCCUAUCUAAGUGCACAUCAUUUGUUAUAACUGCAGAAAUUUUUAAAACCCAGUACAGCUACACUACAGCCCUUCCUUACCCAGUUGUCAGAGGAAGAACCUAUACUUUUGCCCAUAACAAUUAUUAUAAGAAAUUCACAGGCUUUUCUACUCCUCACCUGCAUAUCCUGGAGCCUGAACCAUGGUUGCACAAACUAUUCACAGCCACAAUCACAGAAGUUAUUUGUCAAUUCAGCCCUGUAGAGCUGAUAAAUGGAAAUGCUGUUUUUUUUUUGUUUGUUUUUUAAUACCACAAACCCAUGUUUGGAAGCAGGUUAUGGGAUAAGAUCAAAGAACAUGGCCAGAAUGUGAGUCUCCUGAUUGGUGGGAGUAUCCAUCAUAUGCUAUCUGCUAGUUCAGCCGCUGUAGAAAGAAUUUAUUUAUUUAUUUGCAAUAAAAUAAAUCAAGGUCUUCUCCAGCCAGGGAUGUUCAUUUAAUUAUUUUUUUUAAACCAUUUGAUACGCGGAGAGAAUAUUGGAUGUAUGAAUUAUGCCUUUAUAUUUUUGCGUAUUCUUGUAGAGCUAUUAAUUAAAGCUUGAAUAAACCUUUUGGAUUGUGCAGUGAAUUCAGUGGCAUACCUUUUCCUCCAAUUGUAUGCCAUGAUAGCCAUGUCAGAUUUUUCUUUUUGUGUUAUUUGACCUAAAUUUUGAAAUUCACAACAAUUCACAAUUCACAAUUCACUGAAUAUCCUCAUGGGCAAGGACUUUUAAGGACUGAUCUGUUAUUAUCUAUGCUGGGACAAUAAAGGAAUGUUUUAUCCAGUUGUAACAACCACUCGAAGAGACUGACACUAUUGUUCAUAAUUACAUUUAUUCUGGGAUUUUCAGUAGCUUUUAUUUACUAUCCAUUAACAAAAGUAACUAAAGCACAAAUCUUAUCUUAUUUAUAUUGUGAUCAAUUUAACAAAAUUAAAUUUCCCCUCUCCCCUCCACCCAAAACUGAACUCUGUUUUAUCAUGUCUGCUGUUUCACACUGUGCUACAUGUAUUCCAAGGAGAAAAAAUGGUAUCUUCUUUUUCAUCAAUGGAUGUAUCUACAUGUUGCUUACUUCUCUCUUAUUAUGUCAACUCAGGUGAUUGUAAUGGGAGCCACCAAUCGGCCCCAAGAUCUCGACACAGCAAUAAUGCGGAGAAUGCCGACCAGAUUUCACAUCAAUCAACCGGUCAGUCACCACGAUUGCUUGCUUACACUCUAAAAUAAGCCCUGCGCUCAAACUCACACUACUAGUAUCAAUGGCUAUAGUAUGCAUCAGGCCAAAUACAUAGAACCAAACAAUUGAAAAAUAAUAAUAAUUAUCUGCACACUAUCACAAAUCCCUAGGCGUUAAUAUAACAGGUUUUUAGUACCACUGAAAUGGUCAUGAAAGUGUAAACUCACCUACUGAGUUAAUUCAAGCCUAGGUUAAUCUUGCACUAACAAUUCACCUUGUUCGCAGCUAAAAGGCAAAAUCUCAAAGACAAACCCUUUAUUGAACCAAUACAUACUUAUUAACCUUUAAUAAUGCACACAUGGGUUGUGUUACACUUUAAUAGUACCAGUAUUCAAAGGUCUUCAUUAGGAACAGCCUUCCGCUAGAGUCACAGUAUUGGAUUAAUAUAAACCUUGUCUUACAUUGUCCAAUAAAAAGGUCAAUCUCUGUUAAGUGUCCCUUUAAACAAUCAUAAUGGUUUUUUUUUUUCUGUUAGUAAACCUAAUAAGUGCAAUUUUUAGUUUGAAAAUGUUAUAUUAUUUUUUCUAUUUGCAGUCCAUGAAGCAGCGAGAGGCAAUUCUCAAUCUCAUCCUGAGGAAUGAAAAUGUGAGGAAUAUUUAAAUGUAUUUAUUAUGCUGUGAUUUGUUUUAUGUAUUCAUGAUUAUCUGAACCCAUGUAAUAAUUUCUACUCAUAUUCUACCUUAAUGGAGUUCAAGCGAAGGAACUUCUAGACCUGGUUGUUGUUUCUUUAAAGAAGCAUUUUUAUGUCACAAUGCUAUAAUUUUGUAAUCCUCUUGUUUCCAAGAAAUUGUAGAAAGAAAACCAAUAAUUUCAUAAGCGUUGUGUCCAAUAUCAUAAGCGUUGAUGUGUCCAUUUUAAAACAUAAAUCCAUUUCGAACACUGUAUUGUGUUCCAGUAGUAUAAGCAAAUAUUUACAUUCAUCUGGCUGAUGAUUAAAAAGGAAAUGAUAUUUGUUUUGGGUUUGUUUUUCUCUCUUUUUUUCAAAGGUAAUGGCACAUUUUAAUAACUAUAAAUUUUUAGCUAUACUCCUUUUUUGUUUUUUAGAUUAAAAUAUUUUUCCAUUUAUGCCAAUUGCAAAAGUGUAGUCUGGCAUCCAGUAUCAAUCAUUUUAUAUUUUUGUCCACAAGAGCAUAAGAGGGUAGAGGAUUCAAAGUGUGAAUGCGAAUAUACAAGGCUUUGUGGGAAGAGUGGGGAUAAUUACCUGGAUUUUAUACUUUUUGUCCCUGUACUCAUUUCACUUAGCAUUUGCUGGGGUAACAUGCUGAUAAGUGUUGGUCCCCAGAACCUCUUGCUUCUGUGAGCAAAUAAAGAAUAUUUUGCUGAAUUUACUUCCACACACCUUCUCGUCCGCAUAUUGUACACUGAUGUGGAUUACGUUUGUACUUUACAUGUAAUAGUAAAGAUGAGAAUAACUUGUAUCUAGAAGUUUGUAUUUACUUUGACUACGAUGACAUUUGCAUUUUAUUUCCAUAGGUGGAUGGGCGGGUGGACUUAGUGGAGAUCUCGAACAGCACUGAUGGAUUCUCUGGCAGUGAUCUCAAGGAAAUGUGUCGGGAUGCUGCACUGCUUUGUGUUAGGGAAUAUGUGAACAGUAAUACAGAGGAUGGGUGUGUAUACUUUUAUUUUUAGAUGUUUCUCACAUUAGUAAUAGGUAAGUGGCAGUUUGUUGCCACAUGUACAUAUCAUACUUACUUGGAAUUUUUAAAUAGUUACUUCACUGUAGUGGUUAUGAUGCCAGGAGUACCCUGGCCCAGUUCUCCAGUAAUGGGACAAACCGUUUAAUAACGAUUUUCCCUCUUACCUGGGUCCCCGCUGGUUCUAAGGCUGCCUGCUGCGGUGUUGAGAUUCUACCCGCUUCUGCAGAAUUGCAGAAAAUGUAAGCAAAUCCAGGCUCCGUUGAUUUGCUGAGAGCAUCAGCUGACCCCUCUCAGCCACCGAAUGACACAUUGCACAAAAAAAAUUACUUGCAGGGAAUUGGCAUUAGCCAGAUCUGGAGUUCCAAACUGGCUGAUGAUACCCCAUGACGCUGCCAUAGGUGGAGUUACACCUCCACCACUCAAGGUGUUAAACUCAGUAAAUGCAGCAAAAGGCUGCACAUGCACCCUUCAGGCUUGACCACUUCAAAUUAGAGCUUGGAGUAAUAAUUUUUAGAUUACUGAAGACAGAGGCCCAGAAACCAUUCCAGAUUAUAGUUUAGAAUUGGUGUAAAGUACUACAUAUCAGAUGUACCAGUUUCUGUUUCUAAUCUAAAUAAAUCCUAAUAGUUAACCUAAUGUAAUCACUGCGCUUACCAUUAUGCUUAGUAAAUUGGUCCCAGUCACUGCACUGGGCCACGCUAGAUGUAACUGUGUUAAUGAGCCUGUAUGCAUUAAUAAGGUAUUUCACUUUUAUUAUUAAUUUCCUGUUAAUAUCUCACAUACACCAGCAUGGAUAAUUUGAUUUAAAUCAAUUCAAAGUACAGGGAUUACACCUCUUGUUUUAGAUGAUAAUUUAAGGGGACACUCUAAGCACCACAGCCACUUCUUAUUGUGGAUCAUAUGGUGCCUUGAGUCUGGACCCCAUUCAUUGCAGUGGGUAGCCCAGCACUUUCAGCAUAUCAUUGCUGUCAAAUAUUAUAACUUACUCAUUGUAAGUGCAGCUGCAGAAUGACUGAGAUAGUGGUGACUGAGGAGCCAUGUUCCAUGUUGUUGUUUUUGUGUCAAACCACUCCAAGGCUGCUUGAUGGCUCACAGAUUAAUGGCACCAUAAUGUAAUAGUUACAGUGCUAGUGUUAAAAGUUACAGGUACUGUAAACAUCAUUUUUGUUCUAGUUGAGACUUAUGUGUGCAGUGUUUCCAAAAGGGAUAGUUUGUGCUUUGUUUUUCGUUUUUAUAUUUUAGGUGGGUUUUUGUUGUAGUUAUUUUUUUUAUUUUUUUUGUCUUACAGUUUAGAGAUUCAAUGAUUUACAGUAUAUGUUUGUUUUAGUUACUUUGGUCCAAAAUUUUCAAUUCAUUGUGAAUACACCUUUAAGUGGAAAAUCUGUGUCGUAAUUAACACUUGCAAUCUCAGAAGUAUUUUCCAGCACACCUCUGCAAUAUUCAUGUUCUAUAUUGAUAUAAACGAUAGGAUUAAAUUUUUAUCAAACCAUAUCCUAAAAUAGGCAGAACCAUUGUCAACUUAAUCAUAAAGAAAAAUGAUACUAAUAGAGGCUUUGCUAUGUGUGUGCCCUUAUUACAGUGUGGCUGAAUUAUAUUAGAUACAGGGUAAACGUUUAUAAAUGCAGAAAAUGACCCGUGAACACGGAUUGUUUAGUAAUGUGAUAUUGCCCCCUCUCUGUUCUUGUGAAAAAUAUCCAUUGCUUUUAGACCAUACCCUUGAUGGUUUCUAUUUAAAUUGAAUUCUAUUGAAUGAUCAGAGAACUUUAAAUGCUGUUAUUGUUUAGCAAUACUUCACCAAUAAUUUGUAAGAAAUCUCACAUUUUGUCCGUUUAUAUCUCCCUUUAGAUUUUAUGAUGAAAUUCGACCAAUUCAACAGCAAGAUUUAAUCAAAGCCAUUGAGAAAAUGAGGAAAUCCAAGAAUGCGACAAACCAAGGGGUUUUAAUGCACGUUAGUUUGGACUGAGGUCAUUCCAUAGCUGCCACCAUUGCAAGAUUAUCUUGUGCGAAGAGGUAGCUGGGAGGCGUUGAGCAUAGGGAAGAGAGCAGUCCUUCGCAAAUGGGAGUCACAUUUUUCUUUUUUUUUUCUUUUUUUAUGAACUUAAACCCUCUGCUGCUACUCGUCAGUAGGAAUUCAGCAUAAAGAAAGAGCCACGUAAUAUUCGCCGGCAUUGAUAGGUCUCUGUUAAUGCAGAUGCUUUAACAAUCAGUUCAGCAUAUGGAAAAGGGUCGGUGUAGUCCUGUUUACGUUUGUUCAGUAUUUCUAUGUGCUUAAUGUGGCUUGACUUUCAGCACUCCAAAAGAUGUGCUGUUUUACUACACUGACUGCAGAAGCAGCAAUACAGCUCAGACAUUCAGUUUUGUCUCAACAUGUCAGAUCCAUUUUUAACUUAAAGAUUUUAAGAUUUAUUGCGGGGAAAAGACCCAAGAAUGUUGGCACUUGUAUUCCUGCUGCUUGUAUAAAGAUUGAGGUGUAUGCAUAAAGCUCAAAUAUCUUGAAUUCACGUUUCGUUAUGUCUUUCUGAUCAUUAGACCUGGCAAAAACAGGAGUACCACCACUCAUGGGUUUUUAAAUUGGGUAAUAAUGUAAUAUUUGGUCAGGAAUUCUGAUCAACUACCAGGGUUGAAUGGCUGUAAUUGAGAUUAGAUUUUGACUGAUUAACCAUUAAUACUAAUGGAAAACCCAUUUGUGCUACUCCUAUUGUGUGUACAUAUAUGAUAUGAAAUUUAACAGAUUUCCCCCAAUGAUUGAACAUUUAAUUUGUUCUCUCAAUGUUAGUGAUAGAAUGGUAGCAGAAAUUUCUUACUUUUCUGGCAGUCUGAUUAGCAAAACAAACAAUUUAUUUCAGUCUACGUAUGGAUACAUGGUAUGAACAAACAGGAUUAUGAUAUUCUGAUUGUUCUAGAAGUGGGUCUGUUAGAGGCUCUGUAGCUGUUUUCUAGAAAGGGAAUGUAUAGAGACAGUUGUUCCUGAUGCUGUAUUUACUUAACAUGUAAUACAAGUUUUCCCAGGAGUUAGGAAUUCUUUGAGUCUGACAUAAUUGCAGUAAUAACUCAAAUGAAAAUCUUGCAUCUGUUAUUGAAAAGAAUAGAUAUUGCAGAACCUUCUCUUUUAAGGAUCAAUGAUAGUUUGGCCAUGUGAAGCAGAUGGUGCUGUGGAAUAAGCCUACAUUCUGUGUGUAGCCAUGAAAGGCCUAUACUAUGUAAAUAGACACGGUUUCAAAAAGUUUUGUAUAACGGAUGUUUUCUGUGUGUUUAGGAUUUGAUGACCUCUGGUACGGGAUGUGAGAAUAAAAUCUGCCACUAAAGUUGAGAACAGUGUUUUUAUCACUAUGUUUGUCUUUGUGUGUAAAUUUAAAAAAAAAAAACACAUUCACAAAAUGGGAUUUUGCAAUGGUUUUUUUUGUGUGCUACUUGUUAUGUGUUGGAUAAAAUAUAUAGGCUAGUGACAGCUUUAAUGUAUACGAGUAUCAUCCUGGCUAGUUAACACAUCAGCUGUUGAUGAAUCUCUCUCAAUACCCAGAGUUUAAUUAAAAAAAAAAAAGCAUAAUAUCACAGUUCUUGACAGAGGACCCUACUAACCCCAUCUGCUGUUCUUGUGAUAGUUUACUCCUCCUUACCUUUGUUAGCAUAACAAUAAGAGUUUUACAGACCCUAUUUAUAACUAUUGGUCUAGCUAAGUGGAUGACUGUCCCCUGCACAAUAGAUCUUUUCACCUUGUUUUCUCUUUGGUUCACUCUGUUACAGACAUUACUGGGAAAUUUUAUUAUUUCUUCUCCCAGGGACUGGAGCAUGUAAGUGUAAUUAGGAAUACCUUGAGGACUUCCUGUUCUCUUGACUACUCCUGCUGUAACGGAGAAUAGUGGUAUCCCCUUUCAAUUUAUUUAGACCCAGCUUACUUUUAAAAAUAUUACAUACUGUAAAGAAAUUGUAAUCAUCCUGCCAAAUACUCCAAAAAUAAUGUCCAG